AUGGCUGCACCGAAAACUGCACCCACAGGCUUCAAGCCAAAAAACAAGCUGCGCCGGCAAGCCGCAUACCUCAACAUCAAGAAGACAAGAGAGGCAGAGAAGCGUGACCUGAGACAUCGCCGCAAGCGCGAAGAAGACAAGAAUCCGGAACUCCGAGAAGAGCGACACGCGACCAAUGUUCCCGUCACAAUCGACAGCAAGCGAGUCUGGGACGAUGAUCCAGUGGGCGACGAGGAAGAUGCGCUGGGCUGGGCCGUGGAUGUUGAGCGACUCGCGAAGAGGAGGAAGCUGCAGCAAGAGCAGGCGGAAGCAGACGCCGCGGAGGGAGAGGAAGGCGUCCUGGCAAAGCUGAAAAAGCUUGAACGCGAAGGCGCAAGUGAAGACGAGGAACAAGACGACGAUGCAGACAGUAUGCUUGAUGAGUCCGAACUCGAAGAAUCAGGCUCGGACUCAGACGAACCAUCCUCGCGAAAACGCGCUGCCAGUCCUGCCGCCUCCGUAGCCACCACAACCGCCACAAAUCUCGAGCUUUCGCCCGAAUUCCUGAAGCAAAAGUUUCCACAGCUGUUCGACCCACAGCCAGAACCCAAAAUCCUCGUUACAACUUCUAUAAACUCUACGCUCCACGCGGAAGCCGACAUCCUCACCUCUCUCUUCCCCAACAGCACAUACAUUCGACGUAGCGCAAACUUCCAUGCCCACAAAUACUCGGUGCGAGAGAUUGCCAAAUUUGCCGCGAACCGCGAGUACACGGCGCUCGUUGUUCUCAUGCAAGCCGAGCACGAGAAGAAGCCCGACGGCCUCGACAUCAUCCACCUCCCGAACGGGCCCCACUUCCACUUCUCCGUCACAAACUGGAUCGAAGGCAAGAAACUCCCGCGUCACGCGAACGACACUGGUCACUACCCCGAGCUCAUCCUCAACAACUUCAAAACGCCACUGGGUAUUCUGACAGCACACCUGUUCAAGGGCUUGUUCCCAGCUGCGCCAGAACUCGAGGGCAGACAGGUCCUCACACUGCACAAUCAGCGCGAUUACAUAUUCGUCCGCAGACAUCGUUAUGUUUUUAGGGACAAGCGGGAGACUGAGAAGCCCAUCACCGGCAACGACGGAAAGCCUAUCAAGGGUGUAGAGGACGUCAAGGUCGGCAUGCAAGAGAUUGGACCGCGCAUGACGCUGAAGUUGAGGCGCAUUGAUCGCGAGGUGCAAUUCAAGAGUGGGCAGGAGUGGGAGUGGAAGGGCCGGAUGGAGAAGAAGAGGACGAGAUUCAACAUGUAGUGUGGUCACGAAAUUGCUGUAGUGUGCACUGGUUGUUGGGAUUUGCUUUCGAAUCAACAGUUGCCAGCCCC